AUGUCGCAUUCUGGUUCGCCCUGCGAGCUUUCUUCGAAGCCGGAGAGUGAGGAAAACGUAGUCUCUCAAGCUGGAGAGUCAUCAAUAAGCCCCCAGCAGCUCUCAGAAGCUCAACUUAGACGCCUAUAUGACGAGGAGGAGGCUGAACGGCUCAUGCAUCUCAUUUCAGCUUAUGUCACAGAAGUGAGACUCCCCGACACCUCUGACCGUGAGUCCAGCAACCACUGUUCCUCCAACCCAGUUCCCCCUCCACUUCCCCCACGUCUAAGCAAUCCAGGCAAUCGACCCAUAUCAGAAUAUAUUGCAAACGACUUAGUUCUGCCUUACUUGCCGCUAGACAGGUCUACUCCACCACCCUUCACGACUAGGCGGUUUAGACUAGCGAGUCAACGGUUGUACCUUACCAUCGUUCCCACUUAUCAGCCAUUAUUGUUGGAUUUGGCCUCUUUGGCUCUGUGGAAGGACAAACAACGAAGUCUGUUGUACUGCGCAUGUUUCUGGGUUCUUUGGUACCAUGAUGGACUACUUGCUGCUUUCUUGUGUCGGAUCGUUUGGUGCCUCUUACGACGCCGUUUCCUGCCAUAUCCAUCUCUCGCUGAGUUUCAAGAAAAACGGCGGAAUGCCACCCGGGCACGUCGGUUUGGGGAUGAAGUACAGCAGAGGUUGUCGGUAUCAACGCUGGGUCCAGUAGAGAUAUGGAGGCUUUUCCGAGCUUAUAGAGCCUCCUCUCACGACAAGACAAAGCAUUUACCGAAGGGCGGGUUCCGGUCUCGGCCUGAUGAGACGACCGGAAAUUCCACGAGUGUUUCGGAGUCUGACGGCGAAAACACUAUCCUUGAAGGUGCUGAGGACAGUGAGGAAAUCCAAAGUCUGAAGCGCGAUCUGCUACACCUGCUGGACGUGGUUGCUGACCUUCACGAACGCAUCAACAACAUUCUUAUGUGGCGCCGGCCGGCCGUGACAAGACGAUAUUGUAUUUUGCUCUCCAUCGCGGCCCUGUCUGUUAUCGUUCUUCCAGCUCAAUACGUCCCUAAAUUGAUGUGUAUGCUUUUGGGAAUUGUUUAUUGGCAUUUGGUUCCCGUCGUCGCGGCAUUAUCCCCCGCAAAUAGAGCUAGAAUUCCCCCUCUUUUUGCAGAUGCGCCUACAGAUGUAGAGUAUGCUAUAGAACUAAUCGGCCAGCGUGUCGCUAGUGGCACAGAGCUGACUUCAUGUAGCAAGACUCGUGACCGCGUGGCGAACCCCAGUAGCAGUGGGCUUGAUCUGACAGUGACUGAAUCGAUCGACAGUGAACAGACUGAAGAAAGGGAAGGGUUGAGCUGGAAGAAGUGGGGUGCACGAAUUGCUCAAGGUAAAUCCUUGUUGGAGGAAAACAAGUCUAUCUCGUCACUUAGCCGUGUAAGUUGUCUUACUUGCUCAUCCAUGCGAAAGAAUGGCUCAGUGCCACAGUCUUUAUUCGACAAACUGCCCCGUCAAACGCAGCCGGACCCUUUUCCCGCUCAACAUACGUCGGCUCUCGGUUUGAUCACACUAACUUCUACGACGAUAUAUUUCACGUCCCUCACGGCGAUGCAGGCAAAGCUUGUUGUACCUUAUAGUCAGCUCCGCAGUGUGAAAAAGACAGGUCUCAUGAAGGGGCUUGCCAUUGCUUGGGCACCAACGGACCAAGAUACCGAAGGUGUAGUGAGGGAAGAAAGGUUUCACUGGGUGGGGGACCGAGACGAACUGUUUGCAAGGCUUCUCGGACGUGAUGGCGGACGUUGGAUGAGGUUAUGA